AUGGCGCCGCAGUACGGAGGCAACAUCCAACCGGUCGGCCCGUGGUGGACCGCGUUCGGGACCGGCGGGUUCGAAGGAGAGCCGCCGUUACUAGAGGAACUCGGCAUCAACUUUACGCAUAUACGAGCCAAGUCCAUGACCGUGCUCAAUCCGUUCGGACGCGUAGACGAGCAUAUAAUGGACGACGCGGAUUUGGCGGGACCCUUACUUUUCAUUCUCUGCUUUGGAAUGUUUCUACUUCUAUCCGGAAAGCCGCAAUUCGGAUAUAUCUACGGUGUUGGGCUUCUGGGCUCCAUGUCCGUCUAUAUGCUAUUAAAUCUCAUGUCCGAGACCGGAAUAGACGCAUACCGCGUCGUCUCGGUGCUUGGUUACUGUCUACUGCCCAUGGUCGGCGUGGGCGCUGUGAGCGUUAUGGUAACACUCGAUGGACUGCUGGGUUCCAUACUAUCAAUAAUCUCGAUUGCUUGGUGCACGUAUGCGGCAUCUGGGAUAUUCGUCGCCGUGCUACGCAUGUCCGACCAGAGGCUGCUGGUGGCAUACCCCGUUGGGCUGCUCUACGGUUGUUUCGCGCUACUGAGCGUAUUCCACGUUGGUGGUAAGAAAUGA